CUACCUCCUUUAUAAUUACAGGAUCUCGAAAAAGAAGAAGACAGCCUUAUCAACGCUCUGGAGAAAGUCCUAGCCGAUGAAGAGGUGAUUGACAACGCAGAGAACGAUUCCGACGACGAAACAGGGAUAACAGAUCGAGAACUGUCUCUUAUGCUUUCCAUGUUGCGUGAUGAUGUUAGCCCCAGCCGCCUCCGAGGGUACUUUGGCGGUAAAUGGAGACCAGCGUACUACCCCUCCGAGUCAUUACAUGUUGGUGCUUUGGAACCUCUUGCUACGGGAUUUUUACCAAGUCGCUACUCAGGCCAGAAAAAGAGGUUCUUGACGGGUGCUUUGGAACCCCUUAGCAGUGGGUUCAUCAAGAAAGGCUUUAAUACAGGUGCCAUGGAACCACUUGGCUCAGGGUUCAUGAAGAAGGGAUUCAACAGUGGAGCCAUGGAACCACUUGGAGCCGGAUUCUUCAAGAAGGGAUUCAACAGUGGGGCCAUGGAACCACUCGGAGCCGGAUUCUUUAAGAAGGGAUUCAACAGUGGGGCCAUGGAACCACUCGGAGCCGGAUUCUUCAAGAAGGGAUUCAACAGUGGGGCCAUGGAACCACUUGGAGCCGGAUUCUUCAAGAAGGGGUUCAACAGUGGGGCCAUGGAACCACUUGGAGCCGGAUUCUUCAAGAAGGGAUUCAAUAGUGGGGCCAUGGAACCACUUGGAGCCGGAUUUUUCAAGAAGGGAUUCAACAGUGGGGCAAUGGAACCACUCGGAGCCGGAUUCUUCAAGAAGGGGUUCAACAGUGGUGCAAUGGAACCACUCGGAUCAGGGUUCAUCAAGAAAGGUUUCAACAGUGGUGCCAUGGAACCCCUCGGAUCAGGAUUCAUUAAGAAAGGGUUCAACAAUGGUGCCAUGGAACCCCUAGGAUCAGGAUUUAUCAAGAAGGGCUUCAACAGUGGUGCCAUGGAACCUCUAGGAUCAGGAUUCAUCAAGAAAGGCUUCAACAGUGGGGCCAUGGAACCCCUCGGAUCAGGAUUCAUCAAGAAAGGUUUCAACACUGGUGCCAUGGAACCUCUAGGAUCAGGAUUCAUCAAGAAGGGCUUCAACAGUGGUGCAAUGGAACCACUCGGAUCAGGAUUCAUCAAGAAAGAUUUCAACACUGGUGCCAUGGAACCUCUAGGAUCAGGAUUCAUCAAGAAGGGCUUCAACAGUGGAGCCAUGGAACCACUCGGAGCAGGAUUCUUCAAGAAGGGGUUCCACGCGGGUGCAAUGGAACCACUCUCAUCUGGAUUUAUUGACGGCAAACGCGGUUUCUACAACGGUGCAAUGGAGCCUUUAAGUGCAGGAUUCCACCAAGGAAAGAGAGGGUUUCACGAAGGUGAAAUGGACAAAGACAAGAAAGGGUUUCAUAAUGGUGCUAUGGAGCCGCUCAAAUCAGGCUUUCUAAAAGACUAGAUUUCACCUUCCUGUCUAUUCUGGACUUCUUGCUUUCGUUCGGUCCCGACUUCAAAGGUAUAUUUAGAAUAUCAACAGCCAUCCCUAAACAUCAUCUUUCUUGGGAAUCACAAUAUAUUAGUUUUUUUAUGCUGGUUUACUAACUCUAUUCUUGUUUACGAUGUAUAGCUCUUGAAAUAUUGUAACCUUGACUAACUUUAAUUUCAAUUUAAGUUUGAAAGAGAUUUAUUUUACUAUAACUCUUUACACUGUAUAUUAUCACCUUUCUGCUUCCAUCUGUAGAUCAGACACGUACUAAUAACCCAUCAAUCUUAACCUCCAUGAGGUUGUGACCGGUGAAUUAUUGUUCUUUUGACGAAGAUGGAGAUGAGUGUCCCCAAAAGUUCAUCCGCACGCAUACAAAUGUUGCGUUGACCUUUUAUCACCAGUUAUAAAUUUUCCCGUUCUUCGCUAAAACGACUAAUCUUUGGAUUUUCAAAUGGGUGUUCUUUUGCAACGUUCCACUUUCCUUUUGUUAUAAUGAACUUAGCGCGUCUAAUAUUGCUAUAAGACGUCAGAUCUUUAUUUUAGCAUAAACGUUGGUCUAAGUAAGAAACUGAGGAACAGAUUAAAUGAAAAUGUAGCCAGAGGAGGAGAAAACGUAGCGUUUAUUAAAUUCAUUAUAUUUGUUGCUUUGCUAUAAGUAUUUUCGUGAAACAUUCCAGAAAUGCACGCAGAUUAUUGAGGAUGUAAAUUAGUCGUGUUGGCAUUGUCAUUUAUGAACUUCUAUUUUUUAUGUUGGUGUCAUGUUUUCCAAGGAUUAAGUUUGUGUCUGCGAGUUCGUAGAAAUGUUGUUCGAAAAAUUGUCACCGUCUGAUUAUCAAAAUAUUCUUCCUCUGUCAAGCAAACGGGAUUUAGCUUCAUAACUUUUAUUUCUGUUAAAUGAAAUGCAGACUUUAUAAGAAUUCUUUCGAAUAUACUUUUAUUCUUACUUUUAUUUUUGCUUUAUCAUUUUAUGAAAUAAAUCGUCUUACGUCGAGUCUUGUUCACGUUUAUCAUUCUGAUGUUGUUGAUAGUUUGUAAUAAAAAUGGGUUAUGUUUGUAUGUCCAAGUCAAAAGAAGAUAAUGGAGGAUAGUAAUAGCGUAUCUUUCAAAGAGUGAAAACAGUGUACGCCCCACCCCUCCCGAAAAAUUGUGCGAUGCAUAAUAGAUCAAAAUAUAAUAUUCAACAUUUAUAAUGACAAAAAUACUACCACUUGUGACAACACGGCCAGGAAAUCAAACGCCCAAAUAAUUAUAUUUCCCACCAUAAAAAAUGUUAACAAUAAAGAGAAUCGUGUACCUUAUCUACUGUUAUUAUGCAGAAUUACCAUAUGGUCAAAGAGGGCAAAAAUGUAUUAAUUUCUAGCAUCUAUGAUCAACAAUUCAAGAACUUGUAAAUUGUUGAAUACUACACCUCUAAAAAUGAUAGCGCAUUUACAUGUUAGAACGUUGUAAAUGUGCGUUUUCCUUACUGGCAACUCCAUUUAGCCAUGAUGGCAGAAGUAAAAUAAAUAAGGAAGGACGGUGGCUAAUCCUGCCGUCAAAUAUGAGAGCGGUCGGUUUUUACAUAAGCUUCGAUGUGUGUUUUAUUCAUGAUUUGGGGAGAGAUUCUCUCUUUUUCUGUCUUUCCUUCUUUUCUAUAUCUCUACCAGCCACCCCUUCAAUAAUACUACUUCGAAAGAGUGUUUAAAAGCGUCAUGUUCAUAACGCAAAUUGUUGAAGGCGCUGAGAGUGUACAUGAAAAAUAUUAAUUUUAACUAAAAUUAUCUUUUUAUCUAUGAAUCUCUCCCCUUCUCUGUGUCUAAAUUUCUUCUUCUCCGAUUUGUGUAUACUUUGUACUCUUAGUUGUCCUUAGUCCGAUAUUGAAAUUCUAUCGUCUACCAUGUCAACAGUACUCAACUUAUAGAAAUGCAAAAGAUAUUUAUGAUGAAUUACAAUCAAAGCAAGGAUUGUGCGCAUGACUUUUUUGUUCUGUGUGUAAAAGUUGGAAUUCAGAUUUUUAAUUUGAUUUAACACUAAAUUAAAAAUAGUCAUUAGUAGCAUGCCGACAUUAGGGUAUAUGUGAUAGACGAGAAUUAUUACUAAUGUUAAUAAGAUUGAGUAUUACUUUACCAAUUGUGUCACACACCAAUUCAAGCAUAAAUAUAGUCUUUAAAUUGAAAAAAAAAUGUCGCCUAGUAACAUGUUCAUCUGUUAAUGUUUCCAUGUUUAGCUAAAAAAAAAAAGGUCAGCGAUUUUUAAACACAGAAAUCACAAACUUAUUCUUUUUUUCAGUUUGUUAUUUUCGCCAUGCAGCUUCAACCCAUAAGUUGGACGAAGGUGUGUUUUUUGAAGCAGAUAUACCUGUCUGACGAUUCAUAAAAAGUGAUGCUUUGAGCAUGCCGACUGUAUUCUGUAUCAUACGUAAUGUGAAUUAUAUCUAUCAAUAAAUUUAAAUCAAAAGAAUACUUCUUACAACCGA